UGACAAAUUAAUUUCUAAGACAGUUCUUCCAAAUUUGGUGUUGGGGUGUUGAUGGUUAGUUUCUUUUUAACAGUUUUACUGCACCCCUUUAUUUCUGUUGUUUUGCUACGUUUCCGCGUUGUAGUUUUCUGUCGGAAUUUAUUGCUGUCCGUUGUUCGGUUUGUUGUCAUUUGAGCAUGGAUACCAGCUCUGCCGCGGAAUCGUCAUCCGUUUCCACGUCGUCCGAGCAGGAGCAACAGGUUUCGCUGCUGUACAAUGUGGCCAGUCCGGGUCCGAGUAGCGUAAACAGUGGUCCUGUCACCAUCUAUUCAGGGAAGAAACUAGUGGCCAUCCAGCCUUCGCGAUAUGUCUGCAGUGUGUGCGGUGACAGUGCCAAAGGGAAACAUUACGGAAUUAUCAGCUGCGAAGGAUGCAAAGGAUUUUUCAAGCGCAGCAUUCGCGGUGGCAAGGAAGCCGACUAUGUCUGCCGUCUGAAUCAGAACUGUUCCGUCGAUCGGAUUCUCCGAAAUCGCUGCCAGUAUUGUCGCUAUCAGAAAUGCCUGAAAAUGGGAAUGCGCAAAGAUGCGUUGCAAGGGAAAACACAUCGCAAGCGUAAUCGUCGCACCAAAUGCCCGGACAACUACGAUCCCACGCAUGGUCGCGUGAGUGUUCCGGAAGUGGCUGCGGCUUGUAUGCAAGAGGACGAUGCCUUCCACAUGCUGGACGUCGAGUUUGAACCGACCACCAGCUCGUUCGGACUGAGCGGCAUCUCCACAUCCUCGCCGGACUCCUUCUCCCCGGCAUUUGAGGCGCAGGAUUUGAUGGUGAUGGAUGGACAGAGUGACGCGGAUUUCGAUAUGGGCCAGCUAAUGUAUGCCGAUAGUUUGCUGCGGGGAAUGAUUAGCGGGGAUCAGCAGGCGCUGUCCCUGUUCGACGGUUCCAUGCUGGAUCAUGCCGAUAUUCUGGAGUUGUGCUGGAAGGAAAUCCAUGUGGCGCUGAUGUACGUGAAGAGCUGCCCGGUGUUCGGCCUCCUGGAUGUGGGUGACCAGUUGGCGCUGAUUAAAUGCGCUUGGAACGAAUUGCACUUAUCGGCGAUGGCCGGACGAACGCUGCUGGCUCAGCGCAACGAUGGACUAAUUUUGUCGUCUGCCGUCUUAUUAGUUGACGCCGCCGUCGGUGAUGAAUUCGGUUUGGGCGGGUUGGUGGAGCGCAUGUCCAUUGAGCUGGUCAACAAGAUGGCCAGCAUGCAGAUGGACGCAGUGGAAAUGGCGUGUUUGCGGGGGAUUGUCCUGUUUAAUCCAGACGCCAAAGGUCUGGUUAAUGUGCACUGCGUGGAGGCCUGCCGGGAAAAACUGUACACCGCACUGGAGCAGCACUGUGAAGCGACACAUUCGGCGGAUAAAUCCCGGUUUGCUAAAAUACUCUUGCGCCUGCCGUCACUGCGCAGUACCAGCCUGAAAUGUCGGGAUCUGCUGUUCUUCUCGCAGCUACUGCCGCAGUUGGCGAUGACCAUUGAUCCGGUGAUGGCACGUUUACUGGAUCCAUCCAACGGGGAUUUGCAGACCGUCAUUUCCGAAUUGUGUGAACAGAAAUUUGACUUACGUUGCUGACGCUCGGAUAUUGCGGAUAUUGAUUAUGCAGUUUAUAACAGUUUGAUAAAUUUCUCAGGAACUACAUUUACGGACAAAUAGAAUUUGUGUUAAAAUGUUAAUUUGAACCGCGGUACUUGUACGCGUUCUGACUGGUGGUUUUUCAUUUUUGGAAUGAUAGUUUUGCGGUAUGAUUUCACUGCGAUUAUUUUUAUAACUUGUUCCUCUUCGGUUUUUGAAUUAGAUUUGCUUCUGUUUUUACCUUGUUAGCGAUUGUCUGCGUUGAUGUUAUAAGAUUUCAUUGUUAAUUUUAUGACAAAAAGGUUUGAAUGUGAAUAAAAAUUAGCAGGCUGUGCCCGGCAC